AUGACUUCUGGCACUACAAAUACAGAUUUCGAUAUCGAAUCCUUACAAAAACAAGGUGGUAUAGUGUCCGACAAGAAACUUUAUAGUAGUCAAUCACAAGAUUAUUUUGUCGAUGACACAUCUAGUCAUGGUUCUAGCGACGAUAUCAUUAUUGAAACUAAAUUAGGUUUUAUCAAUAGGUUUGCUGCAAAGUUAAAUACAGAGACUAAAGGUAUCGAACCUGUCACAGAAGAAGAACAAAAUGAUUCCUCAUUAAUAAAUGCUGCCUCUAUGUGGUUUUCUGCUAAUAUGGUGCUUGCCGCUUAUUCUAUCGGUGGGUUAGGUCCAAUGAUCUAUCAAUUAAAUUUUGGUACUUCUGUCCUUGUCAUUAUUUUCUUUAACAUUUUAGGAUUAGUACCAGUGGCUUUCUUUUCAUUGUUUGGUUCAGAAUUUGGUUUGAGACAGAUGGUCCUAUCUAGAUAUUUGAUCGGUAACGUUACAGCAAGAAUAUUUGCUUUAAUUAACGUCAUUGCAUGUGUUGGUUGGGGUAUUGUCAACACUGUCGCGUCUUCUCAAUUAUUUAAUUUAUUAGGAGAAAAUAGUGGUCACAGAUGUCCACUAUGGGCCGGUUGUAUCAUCAUUAUUGGUGCCACGGUUAUGGUUACUUUCUUUGGUUAUAGAAUUAUUCAUGUUUAUGAAAAAUAUUCUUGGAUUCCAAAUUUUGCUGUCUUUCUAGUUAUUAUCGCUAGAUUGAAAAUGUCAGGUAAUUUCAGUCAAGGUGAAUGGACUUCAGGCCCAACUACUGCAGGUAAUGUUCUUUCCUUUGGUUCCGCUGUGUUCGGUUUCGCAGCUGGGUGGACCACUUAUGCAUCCGAUUAUACCGUAUAUAUGCCAAAGAAUACAAACAAAUACAAGAUUUUCUUCUCAUUGGUCGCAGGUCUAUCUUUCCCGUUGUUCUUCUGUAUGAUUUUAGGUGCUGCUUCUGCCAUGGGCGCUGUAAAUGAUCCGACUUGGAAUCAAUAUUACCAAACUAAUUCCAUGGGUGGUUUAACUUAUGCUAUUUUGGUACCUAACUCCUUACAUGGAUUCGGUGAAUUCUGUUGCGUUAUUCUAGCCUUGUCUACUGUUGCUAACAAUGUUCCAAAUAUGUAUACUAUUGCAUUAUCUGCACAAUCUAUGUGGGAACCAUUUUCCAAGAUUCCAAGAAUCUUGUGGACUUUGGCUGGUAACGGUGCUGCUUUAGGUAUCUCCAUUGCUGCUGUCUACUAUUUUGAUGCCUUUAUGGAAUAUUUUAUGGAUUCCAUUGGUUAUUACUUGGCUAUAUAUAUAUCGAUCGCCCUUUCAGAACAUUUCAUCUACAGAAAGAAUUCCUUCAAAAAUUAUAAUGUUGAAGAUUGGAACGAUAAUAGUAAGUUACCAAUUGGUAUUGCAGGUACAGCAGCUUUAAUUGUUGGUGCGUUUGGUGUCGCCCUGGGAAUGUGUCAAUCCUAUUGGGUAGGUGAAAUUUCUCGUCUAAUUGGUGAUUAUGGUGGUGAUAUCGGAUUUGAGCUAGGUGCAUCAUGGGCAUUCAUCAUUUACAAUAUAAUACGUCCUUUAGAAUUGAAAUAUUUUGGUCGUUAA